AUGUGGUUGAUAAGAGGCCACUCGCAAGAUAAUAAAACUUGUACACAUACAAUGUCCAAUCAAACUCAUGAACAAUUAAUUCGAGAACCAAUUACUCUAGAAGAUACUGAAUAUAUUAAUAUACAAAAAUGUAUAACAGUAAUGAUAUCAAUGAUUUAUUUCGUAGUUUAUGAACUUAUUACUGGUAGACAAGAUAUUACAAUAGCAACAAAUAAUUUUCAAGAUUAUUGUUUAAAUGAAUUUCGACAAUAG